AUUUUGGUUUGGUUUGUUUCUUUUACUAAGUUGUUGAAUCCCAUUUUGGGGGUUUGUUUUAUUUUCUGUAUGACUUUGACUUCACAAGUUAAUAAGCAAAGAGAAACGAAUCUGCUAUUAGUUGUAGUGAUUGAAUUUAACUCGUAUACACCCAUGAAUGUAUCGUAUUGUUAAGUUUUACUCAUAUGCGUAAUCUCUUAUUGAAAGCUUUGAUUCUUUUGUCUUAGUUUACAAUAAAUUUGUCAGGUUCAAUUUUUUGUAUGCCUAUUGGAUUUCUGAUAUGUUUAUACUUUUUAUAGAUGUUGAUUUCCAACAUCAUUUUCAGUUGACCUUGUGCAAUAUUUGGUUAACGGGGUUGGGGUGACAAAAUAUGAUUCUUUAAACAUCAUUUUUUAACGAGAAAGUAAUUAUUUCGAAUUUGAAUAUUGAGGUUCCAAAUGCUCGCAAACGUAGCCUCAUUAAAUCUAAGUUGUUCAAUUGGGAUUCGACUUUCUCGUAGUUAAUACUCAGCUUUCUAUUUUUUAUAAAUAUCGAUGCAUUUUUUGAGGAUGAUAACAAUUGUUGAUAUCCUCAAGUUCUUGCUUUUGUACAGCAUUUGAACAUGUCAUGAUGCUCAGAUCUUGAUAUAUUACCUACAUUCUUGAUAUUACGUUCAUAUUUGAAGUUGCUUUAUUGAAUCAGGAUGGUUAGUGGAGUUUGACAUUGAAGCAUUUUAGCAGUGUUUAUCUUUUUGAAGUUUUUGAGCAGAGAUCAUAAUCUCAUUCUGUGAUUUAAUGAGAUAAUUGGUGGUCAGAAGCACCAUUCAACCUAUGCUCUUCUCAUCAUCAGGCAAAGAAGAAGAAUUCAAUUCAGACAAAACUUAUCUUCUUUUGGCAGGAGUGAAAUCAGUUCUACCUCAAGAUGAAGGAAUUUGUAUGGAUGAACGUGUAAGAUCGUGGUCUGGCCCUCUUGGAAGAUAUGCAAUUAUAGCUGCGCUGGAAGUGUGAACAGAUGAUAAUGCUAUGUUUUUACAUCUGAUUAAUUAAAAAAUGGAAUCUGAGACUUUGAGCACGGGCCAUCGGCCAAACGUUCUUCAGCGGGUGCUUGCUUCUGCUGUACCUGUGGUUUGGAUUGCUAUCAGCUAUAUAGACCCUGGAAAGUGGGCUGCAACUGUUGAGGGGGGAGCUCGCUUCGGUUCUGAUGUGCUGUUACUCAUGCUUGUAUUUAAUUGCGUCGCAAUUCUGUGUCAGUACCUCUCAGCUUGUAUUGCUGUGGUCACUGGCAAAGAUCUUGCACAGAUUUGCAGUGAGGAAUAUGACAACAUAACAUGCGCAUUCUUAGGAGUUCAAGCUGAGAUCUCGAUAAUUGCAUUGGACCUUAUGAUGGUUCUGGGUACUGCUUACGGACUUAAUGCUAUCUUAGGAAUCGAUCUAUUUAGCUGUGUUUUCUUAACAGGCAUCGAUGCCAUUCUAUUUCCAUUUCUUGAUACCCUUCUUGAGAAUCGCAAGGCAAAGUUCUUAUCCAUAUGCUUGACAAGCUUAAUUCUAUUAUCUUAUGUUUUUGGAGCUCUGAUAAGUCAACCAGAAAGCUCAUUUUCCAUGGGUGGGAUGCUUACAAAGUUGAGUGGGGAAAGUGCAUAUGCCUUGAUGAGUCUCAUUGGAGCAAGUAUAACGCCUCACAAUUUUUACCUUCAUUCUUCUAUUGUACAGCAAGAUCAAGGGCCAACUACUGUUUCUAUAGGGGCCUUGUGCCAUGACCAUUUUAUUGCUACUUUAUGCGUCUUCAGUGGCAUUUUUCUGGUGAACUGUGUGCUAGUGAACUUGGCAGCCAAUGUGUUCCACAGUACAGACCUCGUUUUGCUCACUUUUCAGGAUGCAUUGUCAUUGUUGGAUCAGGUUGAGGUAUUCAAGAGUUCAGUAACUUCUUUGGCCUUGAUACUGAUAUUGUUUUUCUCUAAUCAAAUAAUAGCAAUAACAUGGAGUCGUGGUAGGCAAGUAAUUAUCCAUGAUUUCUUUGGAAUGGACAUUCCUGGUUGGCUUCAUCGUGCAACCAUCAGAAUAAUUGCCAUCAUUCCAGCCCUUUAUUGUGUGUGGAAUUCAGGAGCUGAAGGUAUAUAUCAACUCCUGAUCUUUACACAGGUUAUGGUUGCUCUUCUGCUCCCAUCUUCUGUUAUUCCUCUAUUCCGAGUUGCUUCAUCCAGAUCAAUUAUGGGUGCUUAUAAAGUUUCUCAGCUGGUUGAGUUUUUCGCUUUAGUCUCAUUUAUUGGGAUGCUGGGGCUGAAGAUUAUUUUUGUAAUAGAGAUGAUAUUUGGCAAUAGUGAUUGGGUUACUAAUUUGAAGUGGAGCCUAGGGGGUAGCAUGCCUAUUUCUUAUCUUAUUCUUCUGGCAACGGCUUCUUUCUUUAUCUGUUUGAUGCUUUGGCUGGCAACCACUCCAUUGAAAUCUGCAAGUUCCAGAGUAGAUAACUGGGAGGUCAAAUUUUCUGUGCCAGAGGCAUCUGCAGAGAGAGAUCAGUUAGAAAUUAGUGAAGCCCAAUAUCAAAUAGAUAAGGCGACGGAGGAGCAAGUUCCUGCAUUGUUGUUGGAUAAAUCUUUUGGAAGCCAUCAAAACGCAUCAGUUCAAAGUCCUGGUUUAAAAUCGACGGAAAUGCUGUUGGAUUCUGAGAGUAAUCUUCAUUUGACCACAAUUGAGAAGAAUAAAUCUGAAAUCACAUUAUCAGGUCUUUCUGUGUGCUCUCCUGAGGCGUCUUCAACCCUUGGAGAGACAGCUAUGGCUAAACCUGUUUGCAAGGUUCUUGAAGAUGUAUCUACAGAUGCCAUCACCUUCAACAGUGAGACAAAGGACAUUGUGGAAAAGACAUUGAGUAUAGAGGGAAGUAACCAGAAUGAGAGGGAUGAUGAAGGAGAACCUUUGGAGCCAAAAGAAUCUACUAAAGAUGUAUCUGAAAGCAUCCAGUCUUUGAAUUCUGAAGGCCCAGGAUCAUUUAGAAGUCUUAGCGGAAAAGGUGAUGAUUUAGGAAGUUGUCCUGGAAGUCUAUCGGGAUUAGCAGGACUAGGCCGUGCCGCAAGGCGCCAAUUGACUGAAGUUCUUGGUGAAUUUUGGGGACAGCUGUUUGAUUUGCAUGGGCAAGCCACACAAGAAGCCAAGGUUAAGAAACUGGAUGUUUUGCUGGGGAUUGAUUCGAAGGUAGAUCCAAAAUCAUCCUUUGCAUCAGUUAAAGGAGAAGGCAUUACUACAGAGUCUACUGGAUAUUCUCCAAGCUAUUCUUCAACUAUGUGUGGAAGAGGAUCUGACUUGAGAACUUCAAGUCUUUACAGUCCUCCCCUUCAACAGAUUGGACAUAGUGGUGUGGAGUCCUCUCUUGGGGUUCAGCAGGGGUCACCAAUGUGGUCAACUCAAUUGCAAUUAUUUGAUGCCAACACGCAAAGUUCCAGCCACAAUGCACUUGACUCUGCUGAGAGGCGCUAUUACAGUAUGCAUGUUCCAGCAUCUUCUGUUGGCUAUAACCAACAGCCAGUCACUAUUCAUGGUUAUCAAUUGGCUUCCUAUCUCAGUCGAUUGUCUAAAGAAAAAGAAUCUGAUUAUAUAAAUGCUCAAUUGGAGUCAUUAAACCAGAAGUCCUCACCCUUGAUCAAAUCAAACUACGCAGAUUCAUUUGCUCGUCUGUCAAGACAGAAGCCGCAGAGCGGGUUGAGCACUUUCAGGCCACCUGGUUUUCAUAACGUUCCUAUUUCUCGAAACAGUUCAUUGAAAUCUGAAAGAGCAGUUUACGACCUUUCCUCUCCUGAACCUGUGGAUAACACUAAUAGUUCAGUCAAUGUGAAGAAAUAUUACAGUUUACCUGACAUGUCAGGACUUUGUAUCCCACGGCAAGACUAUUCUCUGUCUGGUAACAGCUCUCAAUGGAAGAAUCAGGUUGGAUAUGGGCAAUCCAUUAGCCGCCUAGCACCUGUGCAAACCUGUUCCAGUGCUUCUUCGUUGGCCGGUACUGCUUUGGGAUUUGGUGAACUCUCUCCUUCAAAAGUCUGUAGAGAUGCUUUUUCCUUACAAUUUGGUUCAAGUUCAGCGGCCGGUUCCUUGUGGUCUAAGCAGCCUUAUGAACAAUUUGGCGUGGCUGUUAAAUCUCCUUCCAAAAUUCUAGAAUCUGAAACUACGAUUGACUUGGAAGCAAAGCUUCUGCAGUCUUUCAGAAGUUGCAUUUUAAAGCUUCUGAAGUUGGAAGGAUCUGAUUGGUUGUUUAGUCAAAAUGAUGGAGCCGAUGAGGAUCUUAUAGAUCGAGUGGCUGUAAGGGAGAGAGUCCUGUAUGACGUUGAAACUAGGGAUUUAGACAGGAAGCUUGGUUCUGGAAUAAAGAUAGACGAGACAGACUAUAUGAAGUUGCCGUCAUUUCCUAAUUGUGGUGAUGCAUGUGUUUGGAGAGUGGAUCUUGUUGUUAGCUUUGGGGUAUGGUGCAUUCACAGGAUUCUUGAUCUUUCACUCGUGGAAAGCAGGCCGGAACUCUGGGGAAAGUACACAUAUGUACUUAAUCGUCUUCAGGGGAUUAUUGAUCUAGCCUUUACGAAACCUCGUGCUCCAAUGGCUCCCUGUUUCUGCCUUCAGCUUUCAGUAGAAUACCAGCAAAGGUCAAGUCCUCCAAUUUCAAAUGGGAGCUUGCCCCCUCCUCCAAAACCGGUUCGGGGAAAAUUUACAACUGCAGCAAUGCUUUUAGAUGUCAUAAAAAAUGUUGAAACUGCUAUAUCUUGCCGAAAGGGUCGUACGGGCACUGCAGCUGGUGAUGUGGCUUUCCCCAAGGGAAAAGGAAAUUUGGUAUCUGUACUCAAACGCUACAAACGUCGUUUGUCAAAUAAACCAGUCGGGUCUCAGGAUGUCGGAACUGGGCUGCACAAGGGCCCACCGUCACCUUCCCAGGGCUUGUAACCUCUCUCUUUCCCCAAGGGAAAAGAAAAUUGGCUUCUGUAACCAAAUGCUAGAAAUGUCGUUUGUCAAAUAAACCAGUUGGGUCUCAGGAAGUCGGAACUGGGCUGCACAAGGUCCCACCAUCACCUUCCUAGGGCUUGUAACCUUUGUUUUCUGUUCAUGGAAGCCGGUGUCAAAUGCUUUGUGGGUUGCUUGAUUUUGUGUAAUGACUCGUACUUGGCGUCGAGAUACACCCGGCUGCUACGAAAUUGCUUGCCCUCUCUUGUAUUGAAUCUUUGUUGAUGAUUUAGUUUUCAUGUACUUUUAUCAUGUAUACAUAGGAUGUAAUGUACUGAAUGUAUACAAAAUUGGCGGGGAAAAGGUGGAAAUAUAUUUAUUGCCAUUUUAGCUGCUUCA